AUGUGUAACGGUACUCUGUUUGUGUUUUUGUUGACUCUUUUCUUACCAAAGUUCUUGUUGGCAGAAUGCCCGGAACAUAAAAUAGAGAUGAACGAUGAAGAACGACUUUUCAACGCCCUAAAAUGCAAAUUCAAGGACGAAUACAGACCUGUGAAGGAUUACACAACCCCUGUUCUUGUAAAACUAAGAUUUGAUAUAAAAUAUGUACAUUUCGACACUACUAAGGAUACGUUAUCGGUACACAGUUGGGUUGUUUAUAAUUGGAAGGACGAAUUUUUAUCUUGGAACGCAAGUGAUUACUCAGGUAUAAAGGAAAUGCAAGUUAAAAGCUAUGACAUUUGGUCACCUCGGAUGAUGCUUAUGAACCCAGACGUCACCUACUACCAUUACGAUAAAAUUUAUACGAUUUGUAUAUUGAAGUACGAUGGUAUAGUAACAUGUGUGCCGAGGAUUGUAUACAAAGCGACAUGCCAGUCGCAACUUACAAACUGGCCGUAUGACGAACAAACUUGUACUAUAUAUUUUGGUUCUUGGAUGAAUAAAGAAGAACACGUGAAUUUGACAUUUUAUGAAAAUGAUCCAAUAAAAUUGGAUGAAUUUGAAAACGCUCCAGGUAUACAGGAGUGUGAAGAAGGUACUCACGCCUAUGCAGUCACUAAUGGUUAUUUGAAGCCGGAGCGUACCUGUGAUAAUCCCGAACCACAAAUGAACAAGAGUCAAAUUUAUUAUGACUUCUCAUCAUGUUACUGUGAUUUUCCUACUGUUAGAGAUACUAACACGAAUAAAUGUGUGACACUUGAUAACUGCACAAAAAAUUUGAAUAUAUAA